UCUCGACGGUUCGUUCACGCACACACCUCAUCGGCUGCAGGAGAGGCUACCUCGCUUUGCUCCGUUCAUCUACACUGCUGCACUCCCUCUCAGCGCUCUCGCAAGGCACAUACCCCUCGCUGCAAAAAUGAUGAAGGGUCUCGUUUCCCCCGCCGCCCGAUUGGGUCUGGCAAGGUCUUUCGGCACCAGCGCUCGCGCUAUGGCUGCCAAGCCUGGAACUGCUGAGGUCUCCUCCAUUCUCGAGAGCCGUAUUCUCGGUGCCGAGGGUGCCGAGGGCAACAUCCAGGAGACCGGUCGUGUCCUCUCCAUCGGAGACGGUAUCGCCCGUGUGUACGGUCUGCGCAACGUCCAGGCCGAAGAGAUGGUGGAAUUCUCCUCCGGUCUCAAGGGACAAGCCCUGAACUUGGAAGCUGACAACGUCGGUGUUGUCGUCUUCGGUAACGAUCGUCUCAUCAAGGAAGGUGACAUCGUUAAGCGUACCGGUGCUAUUGUCGACGUCCCAGUCGGCAGGGGAUUGUUGGGUCGUGUCGUUGACGCCCUCGGUAACCCCAUCGACGGCAAGGGUCCUCUUGUCGACGUCAAGCGUCAGCGUGUGCAGGUCAAGGCUCCCGGUAUUAUCCCCCGUGAGUCCGUGAAGCAGCCUAUGCAGACCGGUAUCAAGUGUAUCGACUCCAUGGUGCCCAUUGGUCGUGGUCAGCGUGAGCUGAUCAUUGGCGAUCGUCAAACCGGAAAGACCGCCGUCGCUCUCGACACCAUUCUGAACCAGAAGAGGUGGAACUCUGGGUCUGAGGAGGCCAAGAAGCUUUACUGUGUCUACGUCGCCGUCGGCCAAAAGCGUUCUACCGUCGCUCAGUUCGUGCAAACCCUUGAGGAGAACGAUGCCCUCAAGUACUCCAUCAUCGUCGCCGCUACCGCCUCCGACGCCGCCCCUCUUCAGUUCUUGGCUCCUUACUCCGGUGCCGCUAUGGGAGAGUACUUCCGUGACAACGGAAUGCACUCUUUGAUCAUCUACGAUGAUUUGUCCAAGCAGGCCGUCGCUUACCGUCAAAUGUCCUUGUUGCUUCGUCGUCCCCCCGGUCGUGAGGCCUACCCCGGAGAUGUCUUCUACUUGCACUCUCGUCUCCUCGAGCGUGCCGCGAAGAUGAACAAGACCCAGGGUGGAGGGUCCAUGACCGCCCUGCCCGUUAUUGAGACCCAGGGAGGAGAUGUGUCCGCCUACAUCCCCACCAACGUCAUUUCCAUUACGGACGGUCAGAUCUUCUUGGAGGCUGAGCUUUUCUUCAAGGGUGUUCGUCCCGCUAUCAACGUCGGUCUGUCCGUCUCCCGUGUCGGAUCCGCCGCGCAGGUUAAGGCUAUGAAGCAGGUGGCUGGAUCUCUCAAGCUUUUCUUGGCUCAGUACCGUGAAGUCGCUGCUUUCGCGCAAUUCGGUUCCGAUUUGGAUGCGUCGACUCAGUUUUUGCUGAACCGUGGUGCUCGUUUGACUGAGCUCCUCAAGCAAAAGCAAUACACUCCUCUCUCCGUCGAGCACAUGGUCGUUAUCAUCUACGCUGGUGUCAACGGUUUCCUUGACAAAAUCCCGGUCGACAAGGUCACCGCCUUCGAGUCUGCUGUCAUCCCACAUGUCCAGGCUACAGCCCCCGAGAUCUUCGAGAACAUCAAGAAGGAGAACGCCAUCUCCCCCGAGACCGACGCGAAGAUCAAGGAGGUUCUUGGAGCUUUCGCCAAGGAUUUCUAAACGGCGAACCAUGGACAGCCCCUCGCGUUACCCGGCUUCGCUCAGUUUUGAGCUAUGAGCCCUAGCUGGAGCGAAAUACCUUUGUAAUUGAUAAACCCUCUCAUGAGCUUGUGAUAGAAGGAAUGAAUAUUUUAUAUGCAUCAUCCGGAAUGACUGGAGCAGGCUGAUGGGAUUUCCGGCGGAGUUGUGG